UGCGUCACGGAUGACGUCAUCAUUACAUAAGCAUUUCAUCCCUGUUUCUAACAUGCAAUAGAUGAAAUCUCUUCCGAAAUCAAGGCAGAGCCCAGGGCUGAAACUCAACAGGGCCAAGACUAGCCUCCUCUUGGAUGGGAAUGAUGGUGUCGCAGUGGCUACGCUUGCUCAGCGGCUCGAUAUUGCACACUCCUCCCUACCUCUAUGUUACCUUGGUCUUCUCUUGAAUAUGUUCAAACUACGGGAUACGGAGUGUGCAGCCUUACGGGACACAAUCCGAGGUAGCCUUAGCUCUUGGACAGCGAGACACUUGUCGUUUACAGGUCGGUUGCAGCUGAUAAAAUCGGUGAUCUACAGUGUCAGAAAUUUUUGAGCUUCGACUUUUAUAAUUCCAAAUAAGUGACUUUUAUAAUUCUAAGUAAGUGUGCUAGAGACAUACAAAAUGUGUUCAACAU